AAUCUGACAGUGAAACUUUCGCUUUUAUUAAUGACAAACAACUGAUAACUUAACAACUUAUAAAGCAAGAAUAAAUAUGUAGAUAUAUUAACCAUUGGGCAAGCCAAGGCAAGUUUGUUUAUGGAGCACAUUUCAUACACAGGGAAAUUCAAAGUGCUUUACAUAAUGCAAAAGAAUACAAAAACAGGAAGGGUGCCUUCAUGAAGGGUGCCUAAUAGAAAGUGGUAGAGUAUUACCCAUGUCAGACUCACCUGGCAUGGCAAUAUCAAUAGAAAUAAUACCACAAGGGUGCAAGAGAGUUCUCUUUAUUGACUUUAUGUACAUACUAUGGCUACUGCAUAGCAGCACUAACAUAGACUCCAUGUUGGCAAAGGUAUUGGUGAUAGAGACAUAUUAGUCGAGCAGGAGAAAUAGGUUCCCAUGUACCUGCAUGGCAUUUUUUUGCAACCUGUUUUUUGGGACCCUAAUGGUGCUUAGUUAAGAAUUUUUCAUGUUGCCAAGGUCAACUAAUGGCCCAUGGGGUUCGUUUGGUGGCCUUCUUGAAUUGAUGUCCACGCAAGCAGCAAAAAAAAGAAAAAAGUUUGACACCAGAAAUCACAUGGAAAGGUCACUGACAUUGUACAACCACUCUUUAUUGGUGAAAAACGGGUUACUUUAUUAUGUCUCUGUUUAGAAAGGCCACAGCAGAGGGCACAAAUGACUUCCUGUACCCAUUUUUCCUGGCUAGUGGGACCUUGAGUCUCCUGCCAGAUGGCAACAGCUGGAAUAAUGAGUGAAGGGGUGGGUGGGGUCAUUGUAGACCUGGGUUGACCUUUUGGUUAUGGACCAGUUGUAUAGGUUCUGAAGCUGCAAUUGUUUAAAUUUCAAUGAUCUCGCUGGCCUGGUUGACUACCUGGGUCAGGGGGAUCCCUGAAACUACAUCUUAUCAGAUAUAGGUCAGUGGCCUAAUGUGUAUAAAUUUGGGGGUCCUUGACACCAAAAAGGUUGACAUGAAAGAGUAGGAAAAAUGCAUUCAUGUGAGACACAGUGUUAAAGUUACGUCUGUGCUUUGUCAGCUUGCAUUUCUCAAAGGAUGUGGUUAGAUAUCAAGAUAGAUGGAAAUCACACAGUCCAGAUCAAAUUCUGCUGUUUAAAAAGGGUGUGUUUGACAGCCUCAAGACAACAAGUUGAGUUUGCUGCAGACACAAUGUAUGUUCUGCGCAAGAUUCUGCUUUUUCAUGUCUUAAUGUGCCUCGGACAAAAUGCACUUGGGAGUGAAAUCAUACAUGGGGAAAAGGCCCCAGAGAACUCCCUGCUGUAUAUGGCCUCGGUACAGAGCUAUGGAAGUCAUAUAUGUGGAGGAGUCCUCAUCAGUGAAGACUUUGUACUCACAGCUGCGCACUGUGACGUGAAUCCUACAAAUGUUGUUCUUGGCACCCACAAUCUCAGAAAGGCUGGCAGGAGAAGGAUAAAAAUUGUGAAGAAAUACAAACAUCCAUCUUAUGAAAAUAUUGCAUAUGGGAAUGACAUCAUGCUCCUCAAACUGUCUAGAGGAGUUCAACUGGGCAAAAGCAUACAACCGAUUCCACUUCCAAGUUCUGAUAUCGACCUUCAGGAAAACCAAAUGUGUCUUGUAGCUGGAUGGGGUUACGUGAGAACUGGUGGUGGCACUGUUGAUGAGCUGAGAGAGGUGAAUGUGUCGAUCAUUAACCCAGAAGUCUGUAGGAAGAGAUGGCCUGUCAAUAUUCCUCACAAUAUUAUCUGUGCAGGUGGAUAUGGUACAGACAAAGGAUUCUGCCAGGGUGAUUCUGGUGGUCCUCUGGUGUGCAAUGGGAUGGCAGUUGGUGUUGUGUCUUUCAAUAGGAACUUCGACUGUGACUACCCAGAUGUACCCAACGUCUUUACAGACAUAUCAAAACACGUUUCCUGGAUCAAUAAGAUUGUCACGGAAAAGAACUGCUAAAUGUAACAAUCAUACAGUCUUACUUUGCUUCAGCAUGCCUUUAUUCUGUUUGAGCGGCGCAGUUGUGUCUGAGUCGCUCUUUCAGUAUUUGCUCUUAAAAAGAAAUGCAAUGAUCUUCCAUAAAGUUUUGCUUCAGCAUGCCUUUAUUCUGUUUGAGCGGCGCAGUUGUGUCUGAGUCGCUCUUUCAGUAUUUGCUCUUAAAAAGAAAUGCAAUGAUCAUAAAGUUUUGCCUCAGCAUGCUUCUAUUGUAAUAUGGAGGUGUUGUUGUUCACUAUUUGCUCUUCAACCAAAAUUCAAAAUAAAAACUCAUUUCAAA